ACGACGGCGAGCACUCGCCAGACUAACGCACUUCAACUGGAAGCAUCGACAUCGGAGGUGUUGACCGAAUAUCAGAUCCAUCACUCGUCGGCCUCAGCUCGCCAACGAAAUGGGGAACCCGGCAUCGUCAUCGUCGCUGGUAACAUUCCACGCGAAGCGCAACCAGCUGAUUUCGACGCCACCUUGGCUUCUCAUCCUCUAGUCCCGUAUCCCGUUUCCAAUCCUCAUGGCUGGUCCGGCAAUCACAGAAACGUACCGGAUUACCGACCUGUGAAUCGGCACCUUGACCCGGAGCAACGGCGCCAAAAGCCCUUGUUCACUUAUGUUGGGGGCAUCAUGGUUGGGGGAUGCUGCAUCAUGGCGAAUUGGGCGCAGUUGUGGAGAGCCACAGCGGGUAGAUUCACGGAUGUUGGUCUUUCGAAAGUCGGUGGCGAAUGGUAG